AUGGAUAUGUCAUCUGGAGACAUGUUUGAUCACUACACCGCCUCUACUGCUCCCUCGAGCAGGAAGAAAGACAGCAAGCGGCUUCGCGGGGAAAGCAGCAAAGCUGCUUCAAAGAAGGCCCGGACUAAGGAUCAUCCUCCAGCAGCCACUCCUUUAAAAGAAAAAAUGCCACCUCCCUCUCCACACGACCAGCAGUCUCCACCUGCACCAGUCAAUCAACACUCUACCCCUCCAGCACCAACCGAACAGACUCCUCAAGGUAAUCAACCUGGAGACGCCCUGACCAGCACCGUAGUUGGCUUAGCCAGAGAGAGGAUAUAUAAACUCUCAAAGCAUAAGCGCAGCCAAGAGGCCAUUGUCGGCACCAACUCCAUGGAGGGGUUGCUGACUAUAACUGUUGGUUGGCGCCGCACGGGGGCUUUGCUCACCCAGACUAGAAACGCCGACACCAAGUAUAUUGAGGCGAUGAAGGUGCUCGGGGGGAAGAACGUCGAUAUGCUCGAGAGAAACACAGAAUUGCUCGACAAGAACACCGAAAUGCUCGAGAAAAAUUCUAAGCUGGCCAAAGAACUUCAACAGUUUAAGACUGCCCUGGACAAAGCCAAUGAAGAUAAAGAGAAGUUCAAGGAGUGCGCUAGACUUAACUGUCAAGAAGCCAAACAGCUUAAGGUCGAUCUGAUUGCGAGCAGAAAGGAGACUGAGGAGCUGGAGGGGCGCGUUAAGGAGCUUGAGGAGAUGAAUGCCAGAAACUUAAAGAAGAAUUAUGUUGUAUCUUUGUUGUGGUUGAAGAAUAAAGAAAAGAAAGAAAAAAGUGGAAAAUUUCAAAGAAAUUGGCGUUUUUGA